AUGUGCUCCUACCUUUUAGAAAUCUCGCUUUGUUCCGUGACGCGCUCUCACAAACUAAACGAUCGUGACCACUGCGUACUUCAUGAUGGAAUAGCUGUAUCCCAAGAGCAUCUUCCUCGCUACUUUGCAAAAUCUGGCCCCGUUGAUGCCGAUCCACGGAAGACGAAGAAAGAUGGCGGGGGAAAGAGAAAUUGGGGUCGGUCGGGCGACGAAGUCCAUGACUAUGAUUACACAUUCACAAAUGCUCGGCGCCAUUCCAAUAGUAGCACUCAAGGAAUAGCGGAUUUUAAAACCAAGUUUGAGACGAUUGAGCCAGAGCCUGUGUUCGAAGAAAGCUUCCAUGGUGUGCAAAGUGAAGAAAGAUCUGUGGAUGGAAACAAUGUGCUAAAUCUUGACGGAGCCGCUAGCCCCGAUAAGACACUGGUAUAA